AUGCGGACUAUCAAGCUCGUCGUUAUCGGCGCUUCGGGCGUAGGCAAGACUUCUUUGCGUGGUCAGGUCCUACAUAUCAGGUCGUUUUCCACCAGCUACCGCCCAACAAUCGGUACACAUUUCAUAACCAAAUCCCUUCCUGACCCAAGUAAACCAACCGAGGCCAUCUCUCUUCAAAUAUGGGAUACCGCAGGCCAAGAACGCUUUUCAUCACUCUCCUCCGCGUUCUCCCGCGGCGCAGACGCUGUCCUACUCAUGUUCGACGUCAGUGCACCUGAUACUAUAUACGCGCUCACGAAAUGGUGGAAGGAGUUCAAGCACCAAGCACCGGUCAGCGAUGAAGAGGCUGAUAACUUUUGUUGCGUAGUCGUUGGGAAUAAAAUGGAUCUGUUGCAGCCUGGGAUGGGCAUCACUGCGGAAGAAGCGAAGAAAUUCGGAGAAAUCGUGGUAGAAGACAUUGCUUCAGGGGAAGACGAAGAUACUAUUCUCGGGCACGAACACGAACAUGCAUACGAAGCCGAUACAGACCCAUCUCUCCUUGCCCCUUCCGCACGAAUAGACAUUCAGAACCGCCGCAAACUCUCAAAAUCUCGUUCCCCCUCAAGUACACCCCACACCAGCACAUUUUUAUACGGAACAUUCCGCUCCGGCUUAACCUCUUUCCAUACCCCCUCUUCCUCCCUCUCUGAUAUAUAUACAAGCGCGCGGUCACCUCCGCUUCCCGGGUCUCGACCUGAAUCACCGGUACGAGUGAGGAGAAUGAUGAGUUUGUCUAGUACGGUUACUACAACUUCUUCUUCAUCUGCGCUUACUAUCACGCCGAGUCUAUUCACGAAGGGCCAACACCUACCAGACACAGGCCCGAAGCUCUUCUUCACAUCCGCAAAGACCGGAACGGGUGUUAGUGACACAUUUGAGUAUAUCGUGGAGGUGGUGAAGAGGCUGUGGAGGACGAGAACGUCUCAUUGA